AUGUCAAAGAGUACCAGCGACCAUUUCGAGUCACUGGAGGGUGGACAUAAUUAUGCUCAAGAUGAUGCCCAGAAACCCAAUCCCAUCGAGUCCUCGGAGCUCAUUGCAAGUUCUCCGCUAGCAAAGAAAGUUCUUCGGAAAAUCGAUAUCAUGGUCAUACCGUUCAUAUGUAUCACAUAUCUAGUGACCUAUAUUGACAAGGCCAUGCUGGGAUACUCGGCUGUAUUUGGUUUGAAAGAUUCUCUGAAUCUACAUGGAUCACAGUACAGCUGGCUAGGAAGCAUUUUCUAUUUCGGAUAUUUGGCGUUCGAGUAUCCUACCACAUUUGCAAUGCAGAAAGUCCCGGUCUCGAAAUGGCUUUCUGUUAACCUGUUCAUUUGGGGUGGUAUUACGAUGGCGCUUGCUGGUUGUAAAAGGUUCGACUCAUUCUCGGGCUUACGUUUCCUGCUGGGUGCACUUGAGUCUUGUUCGACCCCAGCUUAUCUCUUGAUCACUGCGACAUGGUAUACUGUCGAGGAGCAACCCAUCCGAAUAGGCUGGUGGUCUACAUUUCUUGGCGUAGCGAACUCUUUUGGCGGACUCCUAGCCUUUGGCGUUGGUCAUAUAAACGGCGCCUUGGAACCUUGGCAAUAUCAGUUUAUUGUCAUCGGAGCACUAUCGUCGAUAUGGGCUAUAUUUAUGUUCUUUACCCUAGCUGAACGCCCUGAGACCGCUCCUUGGUUGAAUGAAGAGGAAAAAGUUGUUGCAACUCGCCGUCUAGGACCUCGACACCACGGAGCCAACCAUCAUGAGAUCAAGAAAUACCAACUUAUCGAAGCCGCCACUGAUCCCAAAACCUGGUUGUUUUUUCUUUGUGGAGUGGCCACCCAAGUUGUCAACGGAGCAGCCAGUAACUUUGGAAGUUUGAUAAUCUCGGGAUUUGGAUACUCAAAUCUAGUGACCACCCUUUUCCAGAUUCCUUACGGCAUGGUUAUCUUGAUCUCGAAUGUAUCUGCAAUGUAUAUUCAAAGAUGGCUCCCGGGCCAAAUGAGAUGCCUGGUGGCCGUUGCAUAUGUCUGUCCAGCCUUGGCAGGGGCGGUGGGAAUUCAUGCUAUCUCAAGAGAUCACAAAGUGGCGCUAUUAGUCUGUUACUGGUUGACCAGCACAUACACCGCUUCUUUCGCAAUGAUAAUGUCUCUCAUUACAGCGAAUACUGGUGGCUCCACCAAAAGGUCUGCUGUAAACGGGGUCUUUUUUAUCUCCUACUGCGUGGGCAACAUCAUCGGGCCAUUCUCUUUCAAAGAAUCCGAGGCUCCAAAGUACACUUCAGGUAUAAUUGCUAUGUUGGUAGCAUACUGUGUUGAGAUCUUUCUGCUUUUAACAUUUGCAUUUUAUGCAGCCAUGUUGAAUAAGAAGAAGGAAAUCGCUCUUGAGCGAGAUGGUAUCAGCCUUCAGGAUGCCUCAUUCCAGAGCAUGGACGCAAACUCGGCUGAUCAGACGGACCAAGAAGACCCUUUCUUUCAAUACUCCUACUAG